AAAAAAAAAAACAGACAGUCUGACCCCCUCAUCAACAAGCCACUUCCUCUUUUGUCUAAUUUCAUGGCGAUCGGGAGAGAGGGAACACCACCGACGGACGCGCACACUGUCUCGGCACUCCUGAAAGAGUUUAUCCGGGUUUAAACCAAGUUGUCGGCCGUCCUGACACAAGUUUUCCAGGCGAUACCAGGUGGACAUCAUCACAGGGCCUCAGUUAGCUCCCAGAGUUGUUCUCCGCUGUCCCAGGUUACGACUCCUUGGUCUAUGGCUCUGAUGGACAAAACCAAACAUGUCAAGCGGCAGAGACUUGACCGCAUCUGUGAGGGUAUCCGACCCCCCAUCCUGAACGGGCCGAUGCACCCACGGCCCCUGGUGGCCCUGCUGGAUGGGCGCGACUGCACUGUGGAGAUGCCCAUCCUCAAAGACGUGGCCACCGUGGCUUUCUGCGACGCCCAGUCCACGCAGGAGAUACACGAGAAGGUGUUAAACGAAGCCGUGGCUGCUCUGCUGUAUCACACUAUAACUUUAUCCAGAGACGACUUGGAAAAGUUUAAAGGCCUACGAGUCAUCGUCAGGAUUGGCUCCGGCUUUGACAACGUCGACGUCAAAGCAGCUGCUGAGCUCGGCAUCGCGGUGUGUAACGUGCCGGCGGCCUCGGUGGAAGAGACGGCCGACACGUCGCUAUGUCUGAUCCUCAACCUGUACAGGCGGGUCACCUGGAUGCACCAAGCCCUGAGGGAGGGGACCCGCGCCUCCAGCGUGGAGCAGAUCAGGGAGGUGGCUGGAGGCGCCGCUCGGAUCCGGGGCGAAACGUUGGGCAUCAUCGGUCUAGGGCGCGUUGGCCAGGCUGUGGCCCUGCGGGCCAAGGCGUUUGGAUUUAGCAUAAUCUUUUAUGACCCGUACCUUCCCGACGGCGUCGAGCGCUCGCUGGGCCUCCAGCGAAUGGCCACGCUGCAGGACCUGCUCAUACACUCUGACUGCGUGUCCCUGCACUGCAGCCUCAACGAGCACAACCACCACCUCAUUAACGACUUCACCAUCAAACAGAUGCGUCAAGGAGCUUUUCUGGUGAACACAUCAAGAGGCGGACUGGUGGAUGAGAAAGCUCUGGCUCAGGCCCUGAAGGAGGGCCGGAUACGGGGAGCCGCCCUGGACGUGCACGAGACAGAGCCCUUCAGCUUUUCAACGGGCCCCCUGAAGGACGCCCCCAACCUGAUCUGUACCCCUCACACAUCUUGGUACAGCGAGCAGGCUUCAGUCGAGGCGCGUGAAGAAGCAGCCAGAGAAGUGCGCCGGGCCAUCACUGGACGAAUCCCAGACAGCCUGAAGAACUGUGUCAAUAAGGAGUAUCUGAUGGCCGCCUCCCAGUGGCCCCCCAUGGAGGCAGCUCCUGUCCACCCAGAACUUAACGGAGCCGCCUACAGAUUUCCCUCAGCUCUGAUCAACGUGGCGGCAGCAACGGGGGGGCUCCCAGGAGCGGGCCCCGGCGUUGAGAGCAUGGUUUCAGGACCCCUGGCACACGCCAUCGCCCCCGUCUCCCACCCCCCUCACGCCCCCUCCCCGGGGCAGCCCACUAAGGCUGAAGGCGACAGAGACAUCCCCUCCGACCAAUAGCCCCCUCUGCCAGCUCAGGCACAUUCCGUCAUCUCUGGAACCCCCCCCCCCCCCCUCAGAAUCAGACACAAACCCACCCUCCGGUGCAACGGGAAGCACCAGUCUGACCCAUCUUGGAUCUGCAGCCGUUUUGUCCGAUCAGUCAACCAGUCCAGGAGCGACCCCCCCCUCCCCCCCACCACACCCCCAUCCUCAUCUCACCCCCCACAAUGUCAGCAAUAACUGUGUUCUCAAGGAUUCAACUAUUGGAUUGGUUCUACUUCCUUAGCUGGCUGUCGUUUUAAUGGAAAGUUGAUCUUUUGUGGUUCUAGGUGUUGCUGUUUUUUGUUGACGACAAUUUUGCUUUUCCCACAUGAGGCUUUUUAGUCUGCCGCCUCCAGCAGGAAACCGAACAGUCGAAAGCUCCACUUUGUACAUUAAUGGCUCGUGUUACUACUCUCUUUUUCUUCUUCUUCUGUUGUUUAUUUUUUAUUUUUUUUAUUUCUGUUUUUCUGCCCCCCCCCCUCCUGCUCGUGUUGUGACUGGGGAAAGUUGUUAUUAAAGUAAACCGGACAGAACCUA